UCCUCUCCCAUUGGUAGCUGCCGUGCUGGUACCCAGGAACGAGGAAGGAGACUCGCAUCCUUCAGCAAGCUAGUAACAGAUCGUAAAUGAUGCUGGGGGAUGGAUAUUGUGUGAUAGCGAAUACUUGGCCAGUAUCAGUGCAACGUCGGAAAAUAUAGCCUCAGGGAUUUGAGGGAUCGCGCUUGGAGUAUGAUUCACCGUCAGGUCAUACUGACCCAGAACUUGUACCAGAACCGGAUUCUCGGGCUGGCCGUCAUGGCCUCCCCGUCUCGCGUCUCCCAGAAUCGCCGGCGUUCCAAGGACCCGAUCCGGCACAGCUUCAAUCCGGAGCAGUUCCCCAACGUGGACUUCCAGAAUGGCGUUCCCGAGGACCUGGCCGGCCUGCCGCGCUCCACCAGCGACACGGACCUGGUGACCUCGCACAGCCGCUCCACCCUGGCCGUCAGCACCGCCCAGUACACUAUUGGCCAGUCACAGGACAUCACCCUCAGCUGGGACAUUAAAGAGGAGGUGGACGCUGGGGACUGGAUUGGGAUGUACCUCAUCGAUGAAGUUCUUUCGGAGAACUUUCUGGACUACAAGAACCGUGGUGUGAACGGCUCCCACAAAGGCCAAAUAGUGUGGAAGAUUGAGGCCAGCUCGUAUUUUGUGGAGCCGGAGACUAAGAUCUGCUUUAAGUAUUACCAUGGAGUGAGCGGUGCCCUGAGAGCCACCACCCCCAGUGUGACAGUGAAAAACCCUUCUGCACCGGUGUUCAAGCCUCCAUCUGCAGAGGAUGUUCCACAGAACCAGGGCAGCAGAAGACUUAUCAGCUUCUCACUCUCAGACUUCCAGGCCACGGGGCUUAAGAAGGGCAUGUUCUUCAACCCGGACCCUUACCUGAAGAUCGCCAUCCACCCGGGCAAGCACAGCAUCUUCCCCGCACUGCCUCACCACGGCCAGGAGAAGCGCUCCGGCAUCGUCUGCAACACGGUCAACCCCGUCUGGCAGAGAGAGCGGUUUAAUUUUGUUUCUCUGCCCACGGAUGUCCUGGAGAUCGAGGUGAAGGACAAAUUUGCCAAAAGUCGCCCUAUCAUCAAGCGCUUCCUGGGCAAGCUGUCGAUGCCUGUACAGAGAUUGCUGGAAAAGCAUGCUAUCGGAGAUCGGGUUGUCAGUUACUCCCUGGGCCGAAGGUUACCCACAGAGUAUGUCAGCGGUCAACUGCAAUUCAGAUUUGAGAUCACCUCCUCUAUUCAUCCAGAUGAUGAGGACAUGUCUCUGAGCACGGAGCCGGAAUGUGCCACCGUGCUGGAGGAGCCCGAGAGGGAGGAGCUGGAUGGCCCCGGGGAGGAGGGUGGACAGACGGGCGCACGGCGCCGCGCCACCCAGGCCGAGGACACCAUGAGCCUGGACCAGGCGACUCCAGAGCUGCCGCUGGACGGGGAGCCCACAGGGGCCCCGGACAUCCCCAUGGACACAGAGUCAGUGUCCACAUCUGCGUGUGCGCCAGGCGGGUCUGCAGGGUCCCAGGAGGAGCUACAGAGCCAGCGAGGGGAGAGGGAGGAGGCUCAGGGAGGAGCGCUGGAGGUGCAGCAGGAGACGCAGGAAGAGGAGGAGGAGGACGAGAGGAGGAGACACCCCAGGGGAGAGGAUGAAACGCAGCCCCACACCGAGGCCAUGGGCCGGCCCUCGGGGCAGCAGGAGUGUGGAGGCGAGCCGGUGCCUGAUGAGCCCAUGGAGGUCGGAGGAGGAGCAGAGUGGGACAGUCGUAAUGGGGCGGUGCUGUCCACAGCGAUGACGCCAGUGGCCGAGGAGUGGGAGGAGGAGGAUACGGGCGGCAGAGCCGGGGCCUCCGCAGAGCCAGGGACAGGGCAGCAGCAGGAGGAGCAUCAGGAAGUGGAGGAGGAGGAGGAGGUGGAGGAGGUGGUGGUGGAGGGGAUGGAGGGCGAAGGGAUGGAGGGCUGCUCGCGCUGCGGCAGGCGCACCCCCCUGGGAGGAGGGGCGCGGCCCUGCUCGCUGCCCGUGUCCGAGCUGGAGACGGUCAUCGCCUCGGCGUGCGGCGAGCCCGAGACGCCGCGCACGCACUACAUCCGCAUCCACCGCCUGCUCCACAGCCUGCCCUCUGCCCACGAGGCGGGGGAUGACGGCGACGAGUCGACCUGUGGUCAGCAAAAGCCGUCGGUCAGCCAGGAGGAGGAGGAGGAAGAAGAAGAUGAGGAUGAGGAAGAUGAAGACGUAGUGCUGGAGCCCCCAUGCCCCCUCCCCGCCUAACGGCACGCCAUGCCACGCCGGGCACUGCCCCGCAGCCGGUCCGUGGAGCGCCUGUCCGACCUCAUCUACCAGCUGGACGGAGACGGACGGCCACUGGAUGCUCAGGGCAGCAGUGGCGGGGCCGCAGGAGGAGGAAGAGGAGGAGGGGAGAGUGAGGAAGAGCUGAGCCCCGUGCCCUGUUGCAGCCGCACUGCGCUGACCGGCACCCACGGGAGAGCCCUGUCGCUGGACAGUGCCCGCCACACCCACGGCGGCGUCUUCUCCUCUCAGGAGGACGACGAGGAGGAAGAGCAGGUCAACGGUGUCCUGGGCUCCUCCGAGCCGGACCAUGGGGCAGGGUCCCAGCGCAGAGAGCCAGGGGACGGGCGGCCGCAGUGGGAGGAGGCUCCGGCCACGCACGUGCAGAGCCCCCAGAGCAGCGUGGGAAAUGGACCGUCACCGGUGGCAGGGUCCAGCGGCAGGACCGGACGUGACUGUCCUCUGCCCUGUAGUCAUCCACCAGUCAGUCAGCUCCCGGCUCUGCGGCCUGACCCCCACCAUUACCCGACCAUCGACGAGCCUCUUCCUCCCAACUGGGAGGCCCGUAUUGACAGCCAUGGCCGGGUCUUCUAUGUGGACCACAUCAACCGCACCACCACCUGGCAGAGGCCCACCACUGCCGCCACUCCAGACGGCCUGCGCCGGUCCGGCUCCGUCCAGCAGAUGGAGCAGCUCAACAGGAGGUAUCAAACGAUACAGAGAACCAUGGCAACGGAGAGGAGAGAGGAAGAGGAAAGCAGCUCCAGAGGGGAGAGAGCAGGCAACAGUGAGACCGCAGACUCGCCACCACCCGCCAAUGAGUUGAGAAGGGAUACGCCCUGUUCUCCAGGCCACUGUCAGAAGAUCACGCAGCUGCUUCAGAGCCCAGCGGUCAAGUUCAUCACCCACCCCGAGUUCUUCACUGUCCUCCAUGCCAACUAUGGUGCUUACCGGAUGUUCACCAACAGCUCCUGCCUCAAACACAUGAUCCUGAAGAUUCGGCGAGACGCGCGCAACUUCGAGCGCUACCAGCACAACCGCGACCUGGUCACCUUCCUCAACAGGUUCGCCGACGCCCAGCUGGAGCUGCCCCGAGGGUGGGAGAUCAAGACCGACCCACAGGGAAAGUCAUUCUUUGUGGACCACAACAGUCGUGCCACCACGUUCAUAGAUCCUCGGAUCCCACUGCAGAAUGGCCGGCUACCCAACCAUCUCACACACCGUCAGCAUCUGCAAAGACUACGUAGCUACAGUGCAGGAGAGGCGUCUGAUGUGUCCCGCAGUCGAGGUGCGUCUCUGCUCACGCGGCCGGGGAACAGCCUCGUGGCCGCCAUACGCAGCCAAGGCCAGCAAGAGCCUGUGCCAUUAGCCUACAAUGAUAAGAUUGUGGCGUUUCUACGGCAACCCAACAUCUUUGAGGUGCUGCAGGAGCGGCAGCCGAGUUUUGCCCGGAAUCACUCGCUCAAAGAGAAAGUCCACCACAUCCGCACAGAGGGGACCCAGAGACUGGAGAAGCUCUCGUGUGAUGCUGAUCUGGUCAUGCUGCUGAGUCUGUUUGAGGAGGAGAUCAUGUCCCACGUCCCCUUGACCACGUUUCACCCAGGGUUCAGCUUCUCCCCCCGCUGCUCCCCAGGGUCCUCACCCCAGAACUCCCCAGGCAUUCAGGAGCGGCUGCCACUGCUCCCUGCCUGCUGUCUGCCUAGCGAUAGCUCUCCAGGGACACAAAGGGCCCGAGCACCAGCCCCUUACCGCAGAGACUUUGAGGCCAAACUGCGCAACUUUUACAGGAAACUGGAAGCCAAAGGAUAUGGCCAGGGCCCCGGAAAGAUCAAGCUGAUAGUGAGGCGAGAUCACCUGCUGGAGGGCACCUUUAACCAGGUGAUGGCCUACUCACGCAAGGAGCUGCAGAGGAACAAGCUCUACAUCACGUUUGUGGGAGAGGAAGGCUUGGACUACAGUGGCCCGUCACGUGAGUUCUUCUUCCUGCUCUCCCAGGAGCUCUUCAACCCGUACUACGGCCUGUUUGAGUACUCCGCCAACGACACCUACACCGUCCAGAUCAGCCCCAUGUCUGCCUUCGUGGAGAACCAUCUGGAAUGGUUCCGUUUUAGUGGGCGUAUCCUUGGUCUGGCCCUAAUCCACCAAUACCUGCUGGAUGCCUUCUUCACACGACCAUUCUACAAAGCCCUCCUCAGACUAGCAACUGAUCUCAGUGACCUGGAGUACCUAGAUGAGGAGUUCCACCAGAGUUUGCAGUGGAUGAAGGACAACGACAUCACCGACGUCCUGGACCUCACCUUCACAGUCAACGAGGAGGUCUUCGGUCAGGUAACAGAGCGGGAGCUGAAAUCGGGUGGAGCAAACAUCCAGGUGACGGAGAAGAACAAGAAGGAGUAUAUUGACCGCAUGGUGAAGUGGAGGGUGGAGCGAGGGGUUGUUCAGCAGACACAGGCCAUGGUCAGAGGCUUCUACGAGGUGGUGGACUCUCGGCUGGUGUCCGUGUUUGAUGCCAGGGAACUGGAGCUGGUCAUCGCAGGCACAGCAGAAAUCGACCUGAACGACUGGAGGAACAACACCGAGUACAGAGGAGGCUACCAUGAUGGGCACAUAGUGAUCCGGUGGUUCUGGGGAGCCGUGGAGCGCUUUAAUAACGAGCAGCGCCUGCGUCUGCUGCAGUUUGUGACUGGCACGUCCAGCGUGCCCUACGAGGGCUUCACCGCACUGCGGGGCAGCAACGGCCUCCGCCGCUUCUGCAUCGAGAAGUGGGGCAAGAUCACCUCACUGCCCAGGGCUCACACAUGCUUUAACCGCCUGGAUCUUCCUCCGUACCCCUCCUACACGAUGCUGUAUGAGAAGCUGCUCAUCGCUGUGGAGGAGACCAGCACGUUUGGCCUGGAGUAACAGCUCCUCACCUCCGGCCCCAUCCAACUAGGGGACCCCAAAACUGCAAAACUGUUGUUUUUCACAAAUGUGUACUUUGCUGUGGACUGUCGUCUCUUUUUUUUAAAGGAAAAAAAAACUUUUUUUGUGACUUAAAAAACAAACAAAAACAAAACAAGAUAAAAUUGACAAGACAAAAAUGAAAUGCAUGUGUAACUCACCUGUUAAUACUGUAUGCACAUUCUUUAUUGGGUUUGCACAAUCCAAGCUGGUAUGCAAAGGUAAACAUGUGGCUUCAGCCUUCUCCUUCUCUCAGGGCCUCAAUACUGCGACUGACCGCACCCCAGCCAACCACCCAACCCACUGCAACCACAGCCAGAGUGGGCUGAAGCCUCCAGUUGUGUUCCCCCUUCGCCUCACCAUAUCAGGACUUCUGUUGCAUCAUCUCCUUCUCAUGAGAGACACGUUGCCACUUUCGUUGAAGUUGACACAGGAAGAACGGAUUUAUGAGACAGGACAGGAGGAACGCUCCAACAUUAAUUCAACGUCACUGGAUGUGUUGUUGUUACUGUUUCACCAUCAUGCCAGACCAAUGGACAUGGGUAUUGAGACCAGUAUUUAUGUGUGACUUCACCAGAGCCUGUCCAUGUCUCAGUGAUCUGCAGCAGGUCAAACAGCAUCACCUCAGUUCAAAAUGGCCAUCACACCGCAUCACCUCAGCAUCACCUCAGUUCAAAAUGGCCAUCACACCCCAUCACCUCAGCAUCACCUCAGUUCAGAAUGGUCUCUGCAGGAUCCAGACAAAAAUAUGACUUGUUAGUUAAUUAGUCACCAUGUAAUAAAGAAAGGGUUUGUUAGUCACCAUGUGGUAAAGAAAGGGUUUUCACAUGUACUGUAUGUGUUUGUGCUCUCUGUUGGCUGUUAAUCAGAGGUUCAGAAUGGAGAGAUGGAAGAGUUAGGACAGAUUGCUGAUCUCUACAUAUGAUAUCUAAAAAGACAUUUAUAGGCGUCAUCUGGUUUCACAUAUAGCAAAACCAUACACAUGACAUUUAGUAACAUGGUGACAUUGCACUUCUAUAUGGAUGCUGCCCUUUAAAACAUUAAAACCCUUCGCUUUUGUGAGGAGGAGCCUUCUGAGAGGACAAUAAAAGGGCCACAGUCACUGAAAGUCUCCGGGUUACUCCAAAAUAAGGCUUUAUGCAGUACUUCUGUCAUAAAAAAAAAAAAAAAAAAUGUGUCAUUGUGGAAAGCAUUCCACACAAUCUGAAGGCAUUACUGAGUCCAAUGUUAAAGCAUAUUCAUCAUUACAGAUCAAAUGUAAGGGCAAAGACCACUACUUUAUCUGUCUUGUUUUUAUUCUUGUUUUGAUGUUUACACAAUGUGUUUAUCAUUUUAAACAUACUCAUAUUUGUAAGGAUGAUAUGAAUGUUUGGUUGUGAGAAGAUUGUUGAACUCGGCUUUUAAAUGAUUGUGCAUAAACACAUGACGACAGUGAAUAUUGCCUAGCGCAAAUCUAACUUGACUUUAUUACCUUUGUUCAAGCACAGAUAGAAGCUAGACUUCUCCUUUAAUGCUGUCAUUCUAUCUGUGGAUGAUAAAAGGUGCGCUUUUUUCUUUGGCUUUAGACCCCUGGAUGGUGUAGCCAUACAGCAUAUUUUUACUCGUUCAAAGUACAUAGGAAAUCACUCUUAACUACGCAGACAAUGUCAGUACCAAACUAGUCUUGUGUCCCCUUUAGAAGUACAACAGCUGUGUUUCGUACAUUUACAAUUUUGCAUUUUCCUAAUUUUAUUGUUGAGGUUAAAAUGAAAGACUGUUGGAGUGAACACAUUGUUGUCAGAGACGAAUCACCAAAGAUUAUCAUAAUCAUCAAACAAAGCAGACAUUGCUGGUUGCAAGCCUGCAUGUGGAGUAUUCCAAGUAGAGAGAAAAGCCAUACAACAUCCAAGAGGUCAGGCAGUUUUAGCGCCCACAAAAUGUGAUGAAUGCCAGAGUAAGAACAGAGCUAAAAGAAACAUUACACAACAGUAUACAUUGGUGAUUGAAUUUUGAAUGCGGUAGUUGACCACAAGCACUGGAAACAUUGUACUGUAUAUGAGGACUAUUUUAGGGGGAUUACUCCAUCUCAUUUGGCUCACACCAUCUGGCGGUCUGUCACAAGUUAUAUAACUGGCACCUGAAGCAUUUAUCCAUUUGCUGAGGAGAUCGGAGCUCAGCCAUUAGAGGGUUUGAUCAGUUAAGAGUUUAUGGACAUAGUUGGCUUGACCACUGUAAGAAUGUAAUAUAAACUGUGUUUAUAUCUUGCAUCACAAAGUGAAAGAUGUAUGAAUUGGACCUCAAACAUACCUGUGUACAUAUUAAUACGUAAUGUGUGUAAUUAGACUAAAAAGGAUGAGACUGGAGAAAAUAUAUAGAUAAUUGUAUGGUCACAUCGUUUGAUGGACUGUUUCCAGUGUAAUUAUUUAUUGUAAAAAGUGUACCAUGCUAUGCAUAUUUUGUCAGAUUAAUGAGCAAUGCAAUUUCUCAUGGUAUCAGUUAUCGAGGCCUUUUCCUUUCUCCUUUAUGAAAUGUUUUAAUACUGAUUUUCUGUCACUAUAAGUGAAAGCUCUCAAUCUGCCACACACUUCAUUUUUAUCUCAUGUCUAUUUAGAAUUAGAAGCCACACAUGUCUAUACUGUCUCUGACUUACACUCUCAUGUUCUCUUUCUUCAUCCCUGCCUCACACACACUCUCUCUCUCACUCUCUCUCUCUCUCACACACACACACACACACACACACUCAGACACAGACAUGCACACAUGCCAUUGCUGCUUCAUUGUUUUACCCAACUGUCCCUUCUCCCCUGAAAAUAUGCUGAUUUUUUUUAUCAUGGGUGCACUCAUAUUUACUCUCUCUCCAUCUCUCUCUCAGGCUCUGCUCUGUUUUUCAAGCCUAGCACUGUUACGAAUGUCAAUAAACAAUCACUUUGUAAUGGA